GAAUCUUUCAUUAUGGCUCCUCGACAGAGUAUACGAUGCAUGCCGUUGCCGUUGCGUGUGCACUCGCCUCCGGGGUUGGCAUGGCACUUGUCAAUCUGGUAUUUGGAAAUUUUAUCACUUUGAUUGUGGACUAUAUCACGGGCCAUUCAAGUCCAGCGGACUUUCGAAACGGUGCUGCUAGACUCAGCCUCUAUUUCUUCAUCAUCGGUCUAGGGCGAUUUUUCCUUACCUACGGAUACAGCACUCUGCUCACACUGGGCGCAUAUCGAAUGACGCGAAACAUUCGCCGAGUGUACCUCAAAUCAGCUCUUAGUCAAGAAGUUGCCUUUUAUGAUGGCGGGACUAGCGGAUCCAUUGCCAUGCAGGCCACUUCCAACGGGAAGCUCAUACAAUCGGGUGUUUCGGAGAAGUUGGGAUUGGUCAUUCAAGGACUGUCUGCCUUCAUAUCAGCAUUCGUGUUGGCAUUUGUCACGCAAUGGAAGCUCACUCUGAUUUCAUGUUGUAUCGCCCCAGCGAUGCUGGUGGUCAUAGGCGUUGUCUCCACCAUCGAGGCGGGGAUUGAAACCAAAAUCCUUGGCAUUCAAGCUCAAGCAGGCUCAUUUGCAGAAAGCAUCUUAUCGAGCUCACGGACUGUUCAUGCCUUCGGAAUCCGAUCGCGACUCAUCGGUGACUUCGACAAGUUCUUAGUGGCCUCGAAGAGGCUGGGGGACAAAAAGGGACCCCUCUGGGGCUUUUUGUUCUCCUCGGAAUACGCCAUUAUCUAUGCUGGAUUUGGACUGUCCUUCUGGCAGGGAAUCCGGAUGCUGGUCAGUGGGGAGGUAGCAGAAUCCGGAGAGAUUUUCACUGUGAUCAUGUCAGUGAUCGUGGCAGCUACAAGUCUGACCUCAAUCGCCCCCCACAUGAUUGAAUUUACCCGCGCGGCUUCUGCAGCAUCGGAGCUCUUUCGCUUGAUUGACCGAAAAUCUGCCAUCAACCCCUUCGACGAGUCGGGCAAAAAGCUAGAUCACAUUGAAGGCGUUGUUGAAUUCGAUCACGUUUCAUUCUCUUACCCAACACGGCCGAAUACUCAAGUUCUGUCCGACUUCUCACUGCAAAUCCCGGCUGGAAAAACGACUGCACUGGUCGGGGCAAGUGGUUCUGGAAAAAGUACAGUCGUCGGGCUGCUAGAGAGAUGGUACAAUCCAUCUUUGGGAGCAGUGAAGCUCGAUGGUCAGCCAGUCGAUAUGUUCAACCUUAAAUGGCUGCGCCAGCAAGUGCGACUAGUCCAACAAGAGCCCGUCUUGUUUAAUGGAACGAUUGCUGAGAAUAUCGCAAAUGGUCUUGUCGACACACCCUGGGAGCACGAGCCACAGCCCGAGAAAACAGCCCGCAUCCAAGAAGCCGCAAGAGUCGCCUUUGCGCAUGAUUUCAUCUCUGAGCUUCCAAAUGGGUACGACACAGUGAUUGGUGAGAGAGGAGGGCUUCUUUCUGGUGGUCAGAAGCAACGAGUUGCAAUUGCGCGAAGCAUCAUCUCCCAGCCACGAAUCCUGCUACUCGACGAAGCAACCAGUGCCCUAGAUCCACACGCCGAGGAAGUCGUCCAGAAGGCCCUCAACAACGUGUCGCAAGGGCGUACGACCAUCACUAUUGCUCACAAGCUUGCUACUAUCCGUGAUGCUGACAACAUUGUGGUCAUGGAACGCGGCCGCAUUCUUGAGCAAGGCACCCACAAUUCUCUGUUAGCGGAAAAUGGAGCAUACUCACGACUAGUGCGAGCCCAAGAUCUAUCCGUUAAUGAGAAAGAAGCCGGUGAUCUUUCAGACAGCGACAACACAGAUGAGAUUAACAAAACCGAGCUCACUGGCGAGUUGACUCGAUCAUCAACCUUGACACGGUCGGGAUUGGAGAAGCAAUUAGAUCGCGAUGAUUAUGAUAAGUGGAAGAGGCUAGGCCUUUUCCAUGUCGUCUGGCGGUUAAUCAAAUCUAAUCCGGACAUCAAAUGGGCAUUUACAAUUUUGACAUUGUCAUGUCUAGCCGCUGCUGCCGCAUUCCCAGGGCAAUCUAUAUUGAUGUCAAAAUUUAUUGAAGUAUUCGAACUCACCGGUUCAGCGAUGCAGAAACGAGGUAACUUCUUUGCUCUCAUGUUCUUGGUCCUGGGGCUUGGAGCUUUUGUCGUCUAUUUUAUCAUUGGAUGGUCAGCAAGUAUUGUGGCGCAUAUCGUCGACGACAUGCUCAGACAGGAUCUACGGUUUUUUGAUCGAGCCGAGAACACAACAGGUGCCCUAGUCAGCCGUGCAGACUCUAAUCCACAAGCUGUGCUGGAGCUGAUGGGCUUCAACGUUGCCUUGAUCACUAUUGCUGGAGUCGGCGUUCUAUCUUGCGCUAUUCUGGCGCUUGCUUAUGCCUGGAAACUCGGUCUAGUGAUCGUUCUAGCAGGGCUUCCCCCCAUGCUAAUCUCCGGCUAUAUCCGCCUCCGAAUGGAGGCUGCGAUGGAUGUCAAGAUCUCGAAGCGAUUCUCAACAAGUGCUUCUAUUGCAUCCGAAGCGAUGAAUGCUAUCCGAACUGUCUCCUCUUUAGCGAUCGAGACAUCCGUUCUAGAUCGUUAUACCCGGGAGGUCGAUCAUGCAAUUGCCUCAUCCACGAGGCCUUUGCUUCAAAUCAUGAUUCCUUUUGCAUUUACUCAAACUGUUGAAUACUCGUUCCUGGCGCUUGGAUUCUGGUAUGGCUGCAGGCUUGUCUCAUUUGGUGAACUGACCAUGGUCAACUUCUUCAUUUCUUUCCUUAGCGUCUUCUUCGCGGGCCAGCAAGCAUCCAUUUUGUUCGGUUUCUCAAGCAGUGAGUUCUGGUACGAGCUAUAAA